AUGGGCCGGCGCAGCACCCAAGUUCACCAGCGCCAGCCGUCCAAGAAGGCGACAGCUGCCAAGCCUGCGCGCCGCGGCGUCAAGUGCAGGCGCGCCGCCGUCGCGGCUUCACGAGCGCGGAAGGCAGCACAGGAGAGGCGGGACUUGGAGCUGGCGAAGACUGCGGAAAAAAACCUCGCAGAAGGUUCGCUGUCUCUCCUGGAGAAGUGGCGGAGAAGCGUGAGUCGGACGGGGCCUUGCUGCGCGGAGUUCCUCUGCGAGCCUGGCGGUCGACGGAAACUGCGCACAGCUCCGUGGAGGAACUUGCAGCAGCUUCGACGCGUAGCGCUUCUGCUUCUCCAUGUAGCGUCAGGGAGCUCGCGGAACGAAACCGAGAACGCGGGCGUUCUGGGGCGCAUGCGCAGGGGAGGUUCUCCGGACGGAGCUGGGGUGCCGACCAGUGCACAGAGAGACACAUGCAGAGAGGACGGUUGCGGAAAUGCAGCUCGCGGCGCCGAUUUGCCAGACUCGGCAACGCUGAAGCUGGCCUCUGUCCGCGCGUCCUGGGAAGAAGCCGCGAUGCACAUCGGCGCCUGGAGGCUUCGAGAUCGGAGACUUCCAGUGCCUGUCGAGGUCACGGGGGUCUUGCUGGAUGUCCUUCUGCGGGAUCCGCUUCUGGGCUGUGCUUCUUCUCACCCUGUAGAUUCUUCCUCGUCUUUCGAGCUCGCCGCCUCCGGUGCCGCGCGGCGCAUGCAAACCUUUCUCUCCGGACCCGCAUUAAGGCUCGCCUAUGCCAUGAGCAUCGUGCGUACGGUGAAUCGCCUCGUCGACGCCGUGGGGACGCGCGCCCUCUCGCGGUCGGUCGCGGCCGUUGCCGCGGAACUCGGCCUUCAUCAAGAGCUCGUUCAGAUGCGCCAUGAUGCGACGCACCAAAGUCUCCCUGCGCUCUCCCUGCUUCGCGAAGGCGCCCUGACUGCUCUCGAUCACCUUUGCCGCCUCUGGUGGAGCCCCCAGCUGGACCGCCUCGACCAACUGCUGGGAGCGACAGACAGCGCCCCCACCGGUGGCGUGUACGUACACCUCGCGACCGCCUGGCUGGCGACUGCCGCGGCGCUCGUCAGGGCCAGCAAGCCUCUCCCCGUCGUGCUGCAGCGCGCGAAUCGAGAGGCUCGAAGGCGAGCCUCGUCUGUGGAAGCUGCUAUGGACAACCAGCUCGCAGAUGCCGCUCGGGACCCCCUUGCCGACGCCACACUCCGCGCCGCCACCCGAGGUGUGCGUACACCCGGCGACAUGGCCGAGGCGCUCGUGGCGAGUCUCGAGCGGAGAGCGUCUCGGUUCGGACGUGUGGUGAAGCGAUGGAGAGUUCGGAGCGCCAAGCGACUACCGGAAACUCCUCGUGCGUCGCUGUCACUUCUUCCACCUGCUUCGCGAACAGGCGGUGAUUCUGUCUCGCCGCUGUCUGACGAUGACGCUGGUUUGGCUGCGGCAGCUUCGGGAGGUUCCUCGCAGACUCGUGAGUCCGAGGAGGGUGGCUGUGAAGAGAAGCGCAUCCCGCCGCCAUCGAAGCAGAGCGCCAGACGGUGGAGGCAACGCGACAUCCUCGCAGAGACGAAGAGCCGACAAAGACUCGGGAAACGGCACGAAACGGAGCUGCUCGAGUGGGCAACUGAAGACGGCGGCGUUGGCCGCGCGGGCUGGGGUGUACGUACACUGCUUCAGCAGCAGGUGUUCGAGGCAGACGUCUACGAAGAAGUCGCCGUUUCUUUUUGCGUUGAGGGUCUCAUGGCCACCUUCGAUGCUGCGUCCUACCCUGUGCUUCAGCUCUUCUUUCUCCAGCUUCUGCCGCUCCUCUCGCCAGCGUUCGCCGUCGACUGUCUUUCCCGCUUCUUUCUGCUUCUCCUGCACGGAGAUCCUCUCUGCUUCGACUCCGACAAAGAGGAAACUGCAUCUGUCUGUGCUUCGUCUCAUCACGCGUUUCUCCGCUCUAGCCUCUCUUCGGGGCUGUCUCCGAUGAACAAGUCGACGCCGACAGACUCUUCUCAAACACAAGCCUGCGCCAAAGACAAUCUUCAGACGCCUCUCUCGACUUUGUCUCCUUCCUCGCCAUUCGGUUGUUCGUCUUCUCCUUCCUCUCCUCCUUCUUCUUCUCCUUCAUCUUCACCUUCUUCUUCUUCACCUUCGUCUUCACCGUCUUCCUCCUCUUCCUGUUCUGCCUCUGCUUCUUCUUCUCCUUCAUCUUCUGCGUCUCCGUCGUCUGAUUCUGACUUGUUUGCUUCCUCUGCCGGGGUGGCGCCUGAGUCGCCUCCAGCGGGGGAGAGUUCGUCGCAGCCUGAGCGCGUUGUCGACCAUCAUGACUGCGGAGAAAAGAACUCUUAUCCGCUGCGCGGAGGCGGUGGAUCUCGACUGUCGGGAGACCCCAGCGAAGAGGUGCGAAGCCAGGCUGACGCGUCCGCGCGGCGAGUGAGGCUGUGGCAGCAGCUGCUUCUCCCUUGUUCAGCAGGCGGCUCUCGGAAACGGGAGAGGGGAGGCGGUGGGUCGUCUCCUCAGCUGGAGUGCAGUUCGGAAGGUUCACGGAUCCGCGCGGAGAAAGUAUUCUCUGGGAAGAACGAACGCGCAGAAGACUCGGACCCUCAGGCUGCGCGGUGGAGAUCCCACUUGGGAACCUGCACAGGACAGAACGGUGGAGACUCUGCACGUUGCGCGCGGUGUAUGUACACCUCAAUGACUCGCAAUCUGCUGUCGUGGCUGCCACUCUUCGCCGGGACGUUCAUGCAACCGUUUUCGCUCCCGCGGUUAUCCUCCACUUCUUCUGGUGCUUCCGUCUCGCAGCGAAGGAGAGACAGAGAUCAGGAGGGGAAACGCGACGAAGGAGAGGAAGAAGAGGACGAAGGAGAAAGCGAAGACGACGAGAGAGGAGAAAGGGAAGGCGAAGGAGAAAGCGAAGACGACGAGAGAGGAGAAAGGGAAGACGAAGGAGAAAGCGAAGACGACGAGAGAGGAGAAAGGGAAGACGAAGGAGAAAGCGAAGACGACGAGGGAGGAAGAGACCAAGAGAGAGGAAAAGAAGAAGAACAAGAUGAAGAGGGAGGAGAUGUCGAGGAGGGAGGAGAAGGUGCAGACGAAGAAGAUGAGAGAGACGGAGAAGACGAGGAGGAAGAAGAGUGCGAAGCGGGAGAAGAGGAAGGAAGAGAAGAUGAGGAGAGAGAGACAGGGGAGUCGAGCGAAGGAGAGGAAGAGAUAGUAGACGUGGAUCCGUUAGGAAGUUUGACAACGGGUGUCUCUUCUCUGGGCGUGAUGGCUGUGCUCCACCACUACGCACAUUACUACUUCCUUUUUGAGGAGGAAGCGUCGCUUGCUCUCCAAACUGGCAGAGAGGCCGAGAACGAGUCCUCUCUUUCAGCGCGUCGAGCCUCUCCGUGCUUCUCUCCUCGCGUCUUCUCAGCUGGCGUUUCUGGACUGCGCGAGGAGGCAGGCUCUUCGGGACAGAACUCGGACAAAGACGAGGAAGAAGGCCUUCCACGUCUUCUGCGUGACUCGUCAAGACGCGACUCGAGCGGCCGCUCUCCGGUGGUGGGGUCGAGCGACGUGGGUUGGUCCGCGGAACCUCCGAGUGGCUUGCGGCCGCCUCGCUCGGCCGCGCUCGCGCCUGCUGCCGACCCAGAGAAGAACCGCGCGUUUAGGCAACGCGAAUGCUUGCUCGGGCGUCUCGUCGUCGCGGCGCAACAGCGCUUGGCCUCGGCGUGGAGCCUUGUAGGGCCGACAGCAAUUCUUCACUGUUCAGCGUUUCUUCGUUUUUAUCGGGCGUCUCGGCAGCGGAAAAGCCUCGGCGAGGCAUUCCAGGGGGCGGCCAACGCAGAGAAAACGAAAAGUCGAGAAAGCAGGAGCGAUGACGCAGCGAAGCGCCUCUGCAACUUCGACAGAUCGCUCGCGGAUUGGCGCAGAACGCAGACUCCGUCGGCGACGGCCCAGACGCCCCAGACUGGCGCUUUCUCUGUUAAGUCUGCUUCCAGUCUUGGAGCCUCGCAUGCGUCUUCGCCCUCUGUCGGUUGUUCAGCAGUCCCUGCCGCUGGGUCGGCGUCUCCUCCAGGUUCUUCCGGGUCGUCGUCCGAUGAACUGUCUCCCUCUGCUUCGCGUCCUCUUUCUUCUCUUUCUUCUUCGACUUCUUCCCUUCCUCCUUGUUCCCCGUGGUUGCGGGAGCUUCGCCUGAGGACGGUUGCGGCGAUCGCCGCUGCGCUGGGCCGUGUGAACUCGGUACUUUCCUCGGCUCUGCAGAAGAGAAAUGUCUCCCUCUUUCGUCUCGCCGUACUUCUCCUCGCGUCCGGCGCAGCGGAGGAUCCCGAGCUCCAACUUGGAGAGGCCGAGCAGGAAACGCGACUUGUGCGUUCGACUCGAGAGACAGAGACACCCUGGAGAAGCCGGAGCGAGUGGGGGAGCGCAUGCGCCUCUGCAGCGUCCCCAGACGAAUGGGGAGACACCAGCGUCGGCGACGCCUGCGGAGGAAAGACAGUCGAGAAAGGAGAGGCGGAGCGCUGCGCAGUGGAGUUCGUGGACUCCAGCGAAGAGGAGGAAGUCGCUGCAGAGACACCGUACUGUAUGUACACCGGAGGGUCGGGCUGGAGUCGGGAGGCGUUUUGCAUGCGCUUCGACUCCGACAGUGAGGAAGACGAAGGAGGAGAAGAUGGAAGUUCGAGAGCGACAGAGAGACCGUUGAGAGCAGACAGAGUCUUGUCAGUUCUGCAGUUCCUCACGCGAGUGCCACCGAGCUGUUGCGACCUGCCUCCUCGGCGGGAAGAGGAGGAAAGACCCGCGCCGCGGAGCGAAGAAAGAGAAGAAGCUGAAGAAGGAGCAGAGGGAAGGAUGCCGGACGAAGGGGAGUUGAGGCGCAUGCAGAUGCGUUUGAGUGGAAAGCGCGCGCGCGAGGCCGAGGUCGAAGUCCGAGAAACUGGCCUGCUGAAGGACCUGAGACAGACACUUGGAGAGCGUCUGAAGAAGAAGAGGAGGCGCAGAGCGAGGGGGCGACAAGGCAAGCGCGCAGUGGAGCCUGCGGUGGAGGCGGAGCCUGCGGUUUUCGGCCGAGAGAAGGAAGAUGAGGAAGAGGAAUGUCGUUCCUCAUACGCUGGCGACGGUGAAGAACGCGAGGUGUCAGGGACGGAGGCAACAACGCCUGCAUCGGUCGACUCGGUCGUCUUCUUCGACUUGCAUUUGGCGCAGUAACCACCGUCUGUCUGCGCCUGAGAGAGCCGCUACGAAGCACAGCACUGCUCGCGUUUUGCGGGGGGAGACAGGGAGCCUGAGAGGGACUCCAGUUCUGCGACGCAUGCAGAGUCGCUGCUACGCAGUUGAGGGCUGGUGAGGGGAGGCGCGUUUUCAGCUGACAUGGAAAUUG